AAUUGACAGAAAUCAAAUAUAGAUACUUCAUUUGGAUCUUCUGUUCAGUAAAAUUAUUAUUGAAUUCGAUAUAUUGUGAAUAGUGGAACUGGAAAAUAUUCUUGUUAGCAUAGGCUAAAUGAAGUAAUAGAUAUGUACUUAUCUCACAUGAUAAAAUGUACACAAACCUUUGUUUUUACAAAUAUUUCUCUGCCAACGCAGCAUAUGUUGGUAUUUUGUGUGAAUUAUUUGGGAAAAUAUAUGUACAUAUAUGUAAAAAAGUGGUUUAAAAAGAAUAUCUAAUUAUGAUCCAAACAAAGCAAAUAUAAGGGGCGAAUUAAAGUUAAAUAUUGAAACCAAAAUUGUUUAUGCCCCAACAUCGAUACAGGAAAACAACCAAUAUGUACGAUAUUCCGCUGGGUGUUUGGGCGGCACAAAAGCUAUGUUUGACGUGCUGUCCACGCUUACAAUUGCGUAAAGAUUUUAUAUUUAAAGGAUCAACCAUCAUUCUGACUUAUUUGGCAUAUGCUGCUUAUCAUAUGUCUAGAAAACCAAUAUCCGUGGUAAAAUCAGUAUUACAUGAAAACUGCACAAAUCCAAGCAAUACCACAGAUAAUGACUGCGGCUACCCACCUUUUGAUGUACCUGAUGCAUCCACAUUGUUUGGCACAUUAGACUCGGCAUUUCUUGUCACCUAUGCAAUAUCGAUGUUUCUUUCUGGCAUAGUUGCAGAACGUGUAUCACUCCGUUAUUAUCUGAGCUUGGGCAUGCUAUUUUCUGGACUAUUCACUUUCCUUUUUGGUGCAGCCAAAUCGUGGAAUAUACAUAGUAUGUGGUAUUUUGUUCUUGUUCAGGUAUUGGGUGGCAUAGUUCAAACAACCGGUUGGCCAGGCGUAGUAACAUUGAUGGCGCGUUGGUUUGGUAGGUCGAAACGGGGCCUUAUAUUUGGUAUUUGGAAUAGUCACACAUCAGUUGGUAACAUUCUCGGUACUUUGAUAGCUGCACACUUUGUGGAAAGCAAUUGGAUGUUAUCAUUCACUGUGCCUGGCGCCAUUAUGGCGGGCCUGGGCUUUGUAAUGUUUUUAUUUAUUGUCGAUGAUCCAGAAAUCGUUGGCUUGCCUUCAACACGAACACAUUUGCCAGUGAAUCAUAGCAAUGUGCACGAUGAUGACGAACGGAUACCUAACGCAGUCAGUUUUGAAGCGAACCUUGGCAUUCAUGGCUAUGCAGACGAUUAUACAGAAAUAAGUCAUCGUGCAUCCGAGCGUACACCGAUAUUAUCGCGCAGCAGAUCACCGGCUGUUGCACAAACUGAGCGCAAUGCAGUUGGCAUACUACAGGCUCUAUUGAUUCCCGGUGUUGUGGAGUUCUCCUUGUGUUUAUUCUUUGCCAAACUUGUCAGUUAUACGUUCCUCUAUUGGCUUCCAUUAUAUAUACAGUCUUCCACUACAUUAAGUCCUAGUGUUGCAGCUGACCUUUCUACACUCUUCGAUAUUGGUGGAAUAUUUGGAGCUAUCGCAGCAGGAACAGUAUCUGACUAUUCGGGUAUGCCAGCUACGACUUGCUUUGUUUUAUUAAUUUGUUCAGCGCCAUUGCUAUUUAUGUAUGUGCACUUUGGUGGAUUAUCGAUAGUCAUCAAUAUCAUAUUACUUUUACUGGCUGGUUUUAUGGUAAAUGGACCAUAUGCCUUGAUUACGACAUUUGUAAGUGCCGAACUGGGGCAGCAUCAAUCUCUAUCUCAUAAUUCCAAGGCCUUAGCUACAGUUACCGCAAUUAUCGAUGGCACCGGAUCAAUUGGAGCUGCUGUUGGUCCCUUCAUUGCCGGCUUAGUGUCACAAAGCGGUUGGGAGAAUGUGUUCAACAUGCUCAUUUGCGCCGACAUAUUGGCUAUGGUUUUAAUAUCUCGUCAAGUGGUUAAAGAGCUCCUCAGGCUACGUCGCAGAAACCGUAUACGUAUAGAGUAAAGUCUUGAAUAAUGCAGACAUUACAUUUAUUAUAUUUAUAAAAUAAGCUAUAUAUACAUACAUACAUAUAUCAAUAUCGCUGAUAUUGUAUUUUAUAAAUCGAUACGACCAAUAAAUCUCGAUAUGACAUAUAAAUAAGGUAAAUAAAUAUAAUUUAUUUUAAUUUGGUUUUAGUGAUUUACUUAAUAAAAAUUGUAUAUGAGUAUCCUUAAUGUUAGUUUUAGAAGACUAAUUAUUUUGUUAAAUUACAAUUUUGUAUUAUUUGAUGCCUUAUGAAAAUAAAAACAAAUAUAGUAUUAGUACAAUAACUAUUAGUUAAUAUAAGUAAUGCAAAUAUAGUGUAACUGUAGACAAAUCAAAUUCGAGUAUUCUGAUACUAAUUGUUAUGAUCGCUUUUAUAUUUAAAGAUAUUUGAAAUCUGAUACGUCUUGUCACUUCGUAAACGUCGGAAGAAACUAUGUGACUGAAAGAAAUGUAGAAUUUCUUAAUUAUUAUUGUUAAAAGUGCGAUACUAUACAAGCAAGGAAUUUCUACAUAUUUAUGAAAUAAAAUUAUAACCUUGUA